AUGGAGUUCAAAAGCACCCAAGAGAUAUCCCUGGAGCAAGUUCAACGGGAGUUGUGGGAGAUCGCGCAAAGCCCGUGGAAGACCGGCGUCUUACCAAAUCCCGAGAUCCUGUCUCGCGCGAGAGAUUCACUCCCACGCUCUCUACCAUCAGAUGGCAUCGGGUUCGACUCGGCCCAAAAGCACAUUUUGGAUGACAUCGUCCCGGCAUUCAACGGCAGCAGCAUCAGCCCUAAUUACUACGGUUUCGUCACCGGUGGCACCACACCGGCCGCCUUGUUCGCAGACAAUAUCGUGUCUGCCUACGACCAGAACGUACAGGUUCACCUGACUGAGCAUUCGAUUGCCACGGACGUGGAAUCCAGCGCCUUGGGUCUGCUCGUUGAUCUCUUUCGACUGGAUCGGAGCGAAUGGCAUAAUGGCACGUUCACCACUGGAGCCACGGCAGCUAAUUUGCUUGGAUUAGCCUGUGGGCGGGAGUUUGCCGUUCGAGCCGCUGCAAGCAGGAAAGGAGUUUCCAAAGACAGCGUCGGAGAAUGGGGUCUGUUCGAAGUCAUGCUUGCCUCGGGCCUGUCCGGUUUGCAGGUUUUGACGACGCUUCCUCACUCGUCGAUCGGCAAAUCAGCGGGGAUCCUGGGGUUCGGCCGCGCCAAUGUGGUCAGUGUCUGUCAGGAGGGCAGCACCAACCCUCUUGAAUUCGACCUCGAGAAGCUCGAACGCGAGUUAUCAAGACCAGACAAAGCAAGCAUUGUCGCUGUCUCCAGUGGAGAAGUGAACACCGGCCGCUUCGCGACCGCAGGGAGAAGCAAGAUGCAGGAACUCCGCAACUUAUGCGACAAGUACGGUGCCUGGCUACAUGUCGACGGGGCCUUUGGAUUAUUUGCUCGUGUUUUGAAUGAUAGUCCCGAGUUUGCGUCCGUCCGGGCGGGCUCUGAUGGGCUAGAACUGGCGGAUUCUAUCACUGGUGACGGACAUAAACUGCUCAAUGUUCCCUACGACUGCGGCUUCUUUCUCACGCGCCAUCGCAACGAGGCAGCCAACGUGUUUACCAAUCCAAAUGCGGCAUACCUGACUGGAGGAGCCGGUGCGUCCUCGAUUCCAUCCCCUUUGAACAUUGGAAUAGAGAAUUCGAGAAGGUUCAGAGCUUUGCCUGUGUAUGCGACGCUUCUGUCCUACGGUGCGGCGGGCUAUCGCACUGUGCUCGAGAAGCAGAUUCGACUGGCGAGAAGGUUGUCGGCGUGGCUUUCCGACCACACGGCGUAUAAUAUACUCCCCGAGUCAAGCAGCAAGGAGGCGCAGCUGGAUCAAACAUUCAUGAUUGUGUUGUUCAGCGCAAAGCAGGAUGACCUGAACAAGAACCUUGCUGCAAGAAUAAAUGCGACUUCGAAAAUGUUUGUGUCCGGGACGUCCUGGCAGAGAAGACCGGCUUGUCGAAUCGCCAUUUCGAACUGGCGAGCUGAUGAAGAGCGAGAUUUUGAACUUGUGACUAGUGUUUUGGAUGAAGUGGCCAGACAAGUAUAA